UUUAUUUACUAGAUCUAAGCUUCCAUUCGAGAAGUGACAGAAGAAAAAGUUGUUCAUCGCCACACUGCGGUGCUAGUGAUCUAGUUUUCGACGCGACGUCACGAACUUAAAUUUUACCGGAAUUAAUUACGGUACCGUAAUCGCGUGUUAGAGCUAUCGUUAAGAUGAUACCCGAGUUCAUUCCACCGACUGUUACCUUGACGACGGAGACGUCGUUAGACUUCCCUGAUCGAGACUCGCCGACUGCUUGGGUAUAUGACCCCAUCUCAAGCAGGGCCACUUAUACGGGGAGGGUAGUGAGGACUAGUAGGAAAGCUGGGGCAGUAUUUUUUGUGGAACUCACUCGCGAGAAGAUUGAUUAUCCGGUACCUUCCGGAUUAGUGCUUGGGAUGAGUGGAGCUUGGGAAGAUGCGAAAGAUUCCUCAGUUAGAGUGGAGGCAGAGGCCGUUGUGGGAGCUGAGGAUACAGUGGUUGGACCAGGGACUGGCAGAAAGGACAAGGGGCUGAUGCCCAUGGAGCGAGAGAUUGUAGGGCCAUCUAGGCGGGCCGAGUCAGAGCUUCCUCUUCCAGUGAAUGAUCCUUUACCGACUGUCACUAAAGUAGCAGACUGUUUUGAGGUCCCGGCACCGCCGAAGCCCCCUAUCUCGUGGGUGGAUCUUACUUCUGAGGAGAGCGAUCCAUCUAUAUAUGUUGAUGAGGAUGAGGAUUCUGUUGUUUGA